AUGUUUUAUUCCAUUGCUACCCACCCCUUUGUCUGCCAUUCACUCAAGUCGCAUUCCGCAGUUUCUAAUUUGCUACUCUGUGUGGCUUUCGGUUGUCUCGCCAGUGGCGGUUUAGUACUGCUUCUACUUCUCCUCGCUGCUUUUCUACCCGGGCUGCCGCUUUGUCUACCUGGACCACCGUCUCAGCAGCUUCUAGGCUCACUUGCAUCUGAAACUCCUCUCCUAACUGACACAGGAAAAUUGGAACCUGAGCAGAUAUCAAAGCAUACUUGUUCGAGCCUUGUCUGGCUCCCACCCAUUCUUCUGACAGCAGAGCUGCUGCCACUGUCCGACUCCGAAUCCCUGAGUGAGAUUUAA